AUGGAUAAACUACAGCUCACACUUCAAGCAGUCCAGCAUCAAAUCACACACAUCCUCAACCAAUACACCCAACACCCCUGGGUCUACACCGCAGCAUGCCUCACAGCCUAUCUCACUCUCACCCUCUCCCUCCGCUUCCAACGCCUCCGCAGCAUCAAAGGAAAAUACCGCAAGUACUCAACCCGGGAAUCCUACGCCAGGAUGACCGACCACGACGCCUGGGCCAUCCAGAAACAAAUGCUCCAGCUCGAGUUUCCAUUCACAGCGCUGAAAGCUCUGCAGUUUGCUCUCUUCCGCACAUACGGCAUCCCCACCAUCUCCGCCCUCCUCCUGCAAACAUCCCAAUUCGCCAACCCAUCCACCAGCUUCAAACGCUACGCCGACACCGGCGUCCUAAUCGGCGAGUUCAUGGGCUUCGAGCCCACCUCCGAACGGGCAAUCACUGCCCUCGCGCGCACGAAGCUCCUGCACGCAGGCUACCGAGCCAGCGGAAAGAUCCUGGAGUCUGACAUGCUGUACACGCUUAGCCUGUUUGCGCUGGAGCCGGUGCGGUUCGUGGAGCGGUACGAGUGGCGGGGGUUGAGCGCGCUGGAGAAAUGCGCGGUGGGCACGUUCUGGAAGAGUGUGGGCGAUGCGUUGGGGAUUAGCUAUGCGGUGUUGCCUGGUGGGCGGUCGGGGGAGGGGUUCCGGGAUGGAUUGCAGUGGUUGGAGGAGAUGGGGAGUUGGAGUGAGCGGUAUGAGCAGGAGAGGAUGAAGGCGGCGGAGGCGAAUCGGGCGGUGGCGGAUAAGACGAUGGAUGUGUUGGUUUAUGGGAUGCCCGGGUGGGUGAGGGGGUUGGGGGUGAGUGUUGCGACCUGUGUGAUGGAUGAGAGGUUGAGGAGGGCUAUGAUGUAUGAUCCGCCGCCGUGGGUGGUUAAGGUUAUGUUCGACGCUGCGGUGGUGAUCCGGCGGUUCUGUCUGCGGUAUCUUGCGCUCCCGCGGCCGUACAUUAUGCGUCGUGAUGUGUUUACGGAGAAGCCGAAUGAAUACGGCCGACACCAUGUGCAGGUGUGGAACGGGAUGCCGUAUUAUGUGCAGCCGACUCUGUGGAACCGAUGGGGUCCGUCUGCAUGGGUGCAGCGGCUGAUGGGGUUGCCGUUGCCUGGGGACGAGGGAGACAAGUUCUAUCCCCGGGGAUACCACACGCCGGAUGUUGGGCCCAAGUAUUUCGAGGGCAAGGGACGGAAGACCCUGGAGGAGAUCAAGGAGAGCUUGAGGGUGCAGAGGACAGGCGAGUCGCCAUUCAUUAAGCUAUAG